GAUGGCCUCUACAAGCGCGAUGUCUUCCGUACGUACCUGACCCCCUGCCACCCAGCGGAUACAGCGCUCACACAUGCGAUGCAGGCUUCCCCGACCCCUUCGCCGUGGCCACAAUCAACGGCGAGCAGACGCGCACCACGAGCGUCAUCAAGAAGACGCUGAACCCCUACUGGAACGAGAGCUUCGACAUGUACGUCGCGCCACGCCCGCACAUGCACAUGCACAUGCACAUGCACAUGCACAUACACUGCUGAUACACAUCUCAGGCGGGUUAACGAGGAGAGCGUGCUCGCGGUGCAGAUCUUUGACCAGAAGAAGUUCAAGAAGAAGGACCAGGGCUUCCUCGGCGUCAUCAACGUGCGCAUAGGGUCCGUUAUCGACCUCGAUGCCGGAGGCGACGGUACCCUUCUCCAGUGUCCCUGCCGUGCAUCCAUGGUACUAACACAUUGGCAGAAAUGCUCACCCGCGAUCUCAAGAAGUCGAACGACAACAUGGUCGUGCAUGGCAAACUCAUCCUGAACCUGUCUACGAACUUGCAGGCACCCAUCAGCAACCAGGCCGGAGCCGCUGCACCCCGUCCCACGCCCUCCUCCCACCCUUCUGUGAACGGCGCCACCGCAGCAGGGGCCUCCACCCCGCACCAGUCGACACAGAACCUCAACCCCAACACGUACCCCGGCCAGCGGCCAAGUUCGACCGCCCAGCCUUCAGCUCAGAGACUCAGCCAAGCGGGACCUACAGGCCCGCCCAGCGCGGCGCCACCGCCAUCAGCCAACGGAGCGCCGGCAGCAGGACAGAGCCAGAACCCAGGAUACAGUGCGUUCGAGGAUUCGCAAGGAAGGCUUCCCAACGGGUGGGAGCGUCGUGAGGAUCAUUUGGGCCGCACGUACUACGUCGAUCACAACACGAGACAGACGACCUGGAUAAGGCCUGGCGCAGGCUUCAACGAGACCGACAACCGCAACGCUGUUGCGGCUUCGACCCAGCAGGAGCGCGUUCGACACCAGAAUCGCAUGUUGCCCGAGGACCGAACUGGAGCCAACUCUCCUACCCUUGCCGAACGACAGCCUUCGCCACCCAAUGCAGGUGCAGGCGCAGGCGCAGGCGCAGGUGCAGGUGCAGGUGCAGGUGCCGCGAACGCUGCGAGCAUGAUGGCGACCGGUGCUACUACCGCCGGAACAGGAGAGCUGCCUUCAGGCUGGGAGCAGCGACAUACGCCCGAGGGACGGCCGUACUUCGUCGACCACAACACGCGGACAACCACCUGGGUGGAUCCCCGCCGACAGCAGUACAUCCGGAUGUACGGCGGGCAGGCGGCGAACGGAAGCACCAUCCAGCAACAGCCCGUGUCUCAGCUCGGACCUCUGCCCUCUGGAUGGGAAAUGCGACUUACAAACACCGCAAGAGUGUACUUUGUGGACCACAACACCAAGACCACAACCUGGGACGAUCCGCGAUUGCCAUCUUCGCUGGACCAGAAUGUGCCGCAGUACAAGCGUGACUUCCGUCGCAAGCUGAUCUACUUCCGCUCACAACCCGCCCUCCGCAUAGUAAGCGGACAGUGCCACAUCAAGGUCAGGCGAACGCAUAUCUUCGAGGAUUCGUACCAUGAGAUUAUGCGUCAAUCGGCUGCGGAUUUGAAGAAGCGGUUGAUGAUCAAGUUCGAUGGAGAGGACGGCCUGGAUUACGGAGGCCUGUCCCGUGAAUUCUUCUUCCUGCUCUCCCACGAGAUGUUCAACCCCUUCUACUGUCUUUUCGAAUACUCGGCACACGACAACUACACUCUCCAGAUCAAUCCCCACUCUGGCAUCAACCCUGAGCACUUGAACUACUUCAAGUUCAUCGGACGUGUAGUCGGUCUGGCCAUUUUCCACCGUCGUUUCCUGGACGCCUUCUUCAUUGGAGCUUUCUACAAGAUGAUCCUCCGGAAGAAGGUCGCGCUGCAGGAUAUGGAGGGUGUUGACGCUGACUUCCAUCGCAACUUGGAAUGGAUGUUGAACAACGACAUCACCGAUGCGCUCGAACUCACCUUCGCUACCGAUGAUGAGAGAUUUGGCGAGACUGUCAGCAUUGAGCUGAAGCCGGGUGGUGACAACAUCGAGGUCACAAACGAGAACAAGCAUGAAUAUGUCGAAUUGAUCACAGAAUGGCGCAUCCAGAAACGAGUUGAAGAGCAAUUCAACGCCUUCCUCAGCGGUUUUAACGAACUCAUUCCUCCGGAUCUGGUCAACGUUUUCGACGAGCGCGAGCUCGAACUGCUGAUCGGUGGUAUCGCUGACAUUGACGUCGAAGACUGGAAGAAGCACACUGACUACCGCGGGUACACCGAGAACGAUGAGGUCAUUCAGAACUUCUGGAAGUGCAUUCGCAGCUGGGACGCCGAGCAGAAGUCGCGUCUGCUACAGUUCGCUACAGGUACCUCGCGUAUCCCAGUCAACGGAUUCAAGGACCUACAGGGUAGCGAUGGGCCCAGGAGAUUUACCAUUGAAAAGGCUGGUGAGCCUAAUCAGUUGCCCAAGUCACAUACAUGGUAUGUUCAGUCGUCCCAGACUAAUCUUGCACAUGCUGACUCUUUUUUUUUUUUUUUCUCCAGUUUCAACCGUCUCGAUCUGCCUGCGUACAAGACGUUCGAGGCACUCAAUCAGAAGCUCACGAUCGCUGUCGAGGAGACUGUUGGUUUCGGACAGGAGUAGACGGUGUUGAAGAAGGAAUAGCGUCAGUGUAUAAAAUGAGGAGCGUGACAGAGAGCUCCUGCAGGCCAUGCAUAUUCUUACAUAUUUGGCAUGAGCAUCUCGAUGUUGUGGAUGCGAGAUCAGGUUUUUUGGCG